AAGCCGUUGACCUCGGGGCUAACCCGGGGCCCGGCACCUAGGAGGUAGCUUUCCCCAACCUAGAGCAUUUCCGUACCCACUUGACUGGAAGCUUCGCAACGACGUUGAUGUCCGUACAUCCCUGUACUAUUUCAACAAUGACCUGACGAUACAUUCCCAUUUCUAUUGUGCCUCUUCAUGUCCUAUCUCACCGCGAUGUCGUCAGUGCGGCUAUUCAAGUCGCUACCGGCCCUUACUAUCAGGGCGAAGAAUGGCACCUCGAAAGCCUCCAUUAGAUCAGGACGCCAAAGGACAAGACCUUUUUCGAACUCAUCGCAGCAUAUGGGUCCUACUAGUGGUCAUGCGCUCCAUGGAUUCUCAGGUUUGUCAACAUCCGGGACGGCUCUGAGUUUGCCUCUGAUAGGACUUGCUGCCUGUGUCAUCCUUACAUUGAUACCUGGAAAUAGCCCUGCGAUGGAGGCCCCUAGUAUCGCCGAACGAGAUGCUCUCGCAAAACGGGAAUCAGGGGUGACCGAUAGCUCACCAAUGCGCCUGCGUAUGGAAGCAUUCAUAAAAGAAAACCAACAAAAGAUCGUAGCAGAGCUCGAAAAGGUGGAUGGGAAAAAGUUUCUCCAAGAUACAUGGCAACGACCAGCGGGUGGUGGUGGUAUUACUUGUGUGCUGCAAGACGGCAAUGUUUUUGAAAAGGCCGGUGUCAAUACUUCCGUAGUAUACGGCUCAUUGGGAAGAGGUGCAAUAGCAAAAAUGCGUGUAAACCACCCAGCACUGGACCCAGAUGUCGAGUCCAUGGAAUUCUUUGCUGCCGGUAUCAGCAUGGUUCUCCAUCCGCACAAUCCCAUGGCACCAACGGUGCAUCUCAACUAUCGUUAUUUUGAAACAGCUGGCCCAGAUGGCAAGACAAAUGCGUGGUGGUUCGGAGGUGGUUGUGAUUUGACGCCUGCAUAUCUUUUCGAUGAGGAUGCUAUACAUUUCCACAAAACGAUUAAGGAUGCAUGCGACAAACACGACAAGAACUACUAUCCAAGAUUCAAGAAAUGGUGCGAUGAGUAUUUCAACAAUAAACAUAGAGGCGGCGAGUCUCGUGGUAUAGGCGGUAUCUUCUUCGAUGAUCUUGACGAACAAGAGAAGGAUCAGGAGCAGUUAUUCGCUUUUGCGCAAGACUGUCUUGGUUCAUUCCUGCCAGGGUACAUACCGAUCAUCGAAAAGCGGAAAGACAUGCCAUAUACGGAGCAUGAAAAAGCCUGGCAACAAUUACGCCGCGGACGAUACGUGGAGUUCAAUCUUGUUCAUGACCGAGGGACAAAGUUUGGCCUUGAGACACCCGGAGCGCGAAUCGAGAGCAUCUUGAUGAGUUUACCGCUCACAGCGCGCUGGCAGUACAUGCACGAGCCUGAAAAGGGAAGCCGAGAGGAGAGGCUCCUUAGUAUACUGAAGUCCCCGAAAGAGUGGGUCUGAAAUGUUUAUAUACCCUGCCUGUAAUUACUCCAAAAGCUCAAUAUAUGUAAGAUGUAUAGAUAGGAGAUUCGAGCUCAGUAAAUAUCGUGCCGACCCGCACAAUUAA